AUUUCAACAAACCCCGAGAAUUGCCACGAAGAACAGAAUUUAUUAAGACGAACUCCAACGCCGCAAAAGCCAUUGCCAGGUUUUGGAAUAGAGGUUGUUGACCCAAGCGAAAGAUGGGCUCGAGCCACAGCAUCCACGUGCCCGGCGGUGGCACCGAAGGUUACCACGUACUCAAGGUGCAGGACAACUCGCCCGGGCAGAAGGCCGGACUGGAGGCCUUCUUUGACUUCAUCGUGGCAAUCGCCGGCACCCGUCUCGACCAGGACAACGACAUGCUAAAAGAGUUGCUGCGCCAGAACGUCGACAAACCGGUGCGCCUCACCGUUUACUCCAGCAAAACGCAGACGGUGCGCGAACUGACCCUUACGCCCAGCAACAGUUGGGGCGGCCAGGGUCUGCUAGGCGUCAGCAUCCGGUUCUGUUCCUUCGAGGGAGCCAACGAAAGCGUGUGGCACAUUCUCGAGGUGCAUCCGAAUUCUCCGGCCGAGUUGGCCGGACUACGCGCCUACAGCGACUAUGUGAUCGGCGCGGAUGCCAUUCGCCACGAAAACGAUGAUCUGUUCACGCUGAUCGAAACGCACGAGCAGCAGCCGCUAAAGAUGUACGUCUACAAUUUGGACGAUGACGCAUGCCGCGAAGUAACGAUCAAGCCGAACACAGCUUGGGGCGGCGAGGGAGCUCUUGGCUGCGGCAUUGGCUUCGGCUACCUGCACCGAAUCCCUGUUCAGGCGUCUCCCGUUGCUGGCGGCGGCCUCGGACCUGCUCCCACAGCCUCUGAGGCUUCUGCUCCCCUGCUGACCGCGGGCGGAGUGCCUUCAGCUGGUGCCCCGGUGUCUGCGGCUGGGUCUGCUGUUGUCUCGCCAACGCUCCCUUAUAUACCCCCGCUAGCUAACACUUUUGGGUCGACAAACGCGGAGAUCAGACCACCAACCAUUGAACCACCGGCCCAAAGCCUGUUUAAGACCUACUUCAAUCCGGAUGAAGCCACUGAUGCCCUCACUGCUGCGCUGGAGACCCAGGCCAAUAUUGCUGACCCCGCUCCCGCUGCCACACCUGUUACGUCUGUAGCUGUGGGUACUGACGUGGCUGUGACUCCGGUUCAAGCACCAGCACCAGCUCCGGCUCAGCCUUUGCCGCCGCCAGCUAACAUUUUUAUACCCGGUGUUUUUGAUCCCAAUACACAACACAACGCAACUGUAGGUGGCAUACCCGCCGCCCAGCUACCCUUUCCACAGGCCACGGCAGCACCAGCAGCUGUGCCCAUGUUCUCUGCACCGCAGCAAGCUUAUAUGUCGGCCCCAUCGGCUCUCUCCUACCCAGCUGGCGCACAGACAGUACCCUCGUAUCCGCAGGUGCAGCCCUCCAUGGGCGGACUGUUUCCCACGCAGCCAACGCCGUUGCCCCCGCAGAUGGUGCACGUUUUUACGCCAUCGGUACCACCGCCCGCGACUGUUCCAGCGGUGGACAACGAACCGUCGAUGCCGGCAACCAGCCAGCCAGCCGGAAACUAAGACUUGAAUUUGGCUGAUAAACUGGACAAACUGUCGUUAGGCUUUUAUCUGUAUCUGUAUCUGCGAGUAUCAUCCGAUUCUUUUGUAUGAUUGCGGUAGCGAAAAUCAAAUGUUGUUGCAUGCAAAAAUGUGUACAUUGCAUUCAUAACAAUAAUCUAAAUUAAAUAUUAUAAUAAAUAAAAAUAUAAAUGUA